AUGGCUGCAGUAGUUGCAUCGUCCGUACCUGAUUCCACAUCGUCAAUUCCCACGUAUCAUCAGAUACCUGAGACCAAAUAUGAACUCGAUUGGGCUGACUUAGCCACCCUGGAUCUUUCGUUGUUUGAUCAACCCGGGGGCAAAGAGCGUCUGGCAAAUCAACUUUUUGAUGCAAUCCAGAAGAUUGGCUUUUUCUAUAUCACCAACUUCGGUCUUGCCCAAGACCAAGUGGAUCGCCAAUUCGCCAUCGGCAAACAAGUUUUCCAGCUAUCCACAGAUGAGAAACUGAAGUACAGGGCUGAUCUUGAAAAUGGUGGUUACAAUGGAUACAAACCCUUAGGCCUUCGGGAGGUGAGACCUGGGGUCAAUGACAACACUGAGAUAUACAAUAUCCCAAAGUUCAUUCCGGAACUUGAACGGUCGCACCCGGACAUCAUCAAUGAGAACCGGCAAGAAAUCGAGGGGUUUGCUCGUCACAUCCACGACCAUGUGGUAGGAAAGCUGCUUGUUCUGUUUGCCAUCAUCCUUGAGCUGCCGGAAGAUUUCUUUCUCCAGCGCCACCGAUAUGAUGAGAGGAGCGACUGCCACUUGCGAUAUAUGAAGUACCAUCACCGAACGCCAGAGCAAAACCAAACGUUGGAGAACGUAUGGGUGAAAGGUCACACUGAUUUUGGAAGCUUGACCCUACUUUUCCGCCAGCCAGUUGCUGCGUUGCAAGUCCGCACUCCGGAGGGCAACUGGAAAUGGGUUAAGCCAUACCCGGGGAGCAUCACAGUCAACAUCGCAGACUCUCUUGAGUUUCUGACCAACGGGUUCUUGAAGAGUAGUAUUCACCGCGUGGUCGCUCCGCCUCCCGACCAGGCUGAGGUAGACCGUCUGGGGGUGCUAUACUUUGUACGCCCCGAAGACACUCUCGAGCUUCGGCCUGUGGAGAGUAGUGUUCUGGAGCGGCUUGGGUACAACAAGACGACUGAUGGCUCCGCUAUUGGAAUUACCGCGGGUGAGUGGGUGAAGGCACGAGUAGCCAAAGGUGUUGCCAAAGAGAAGCCUAGGAGCGAGGUGUCUGAGCAAACCAUAAUUGGCGGAAAGUCGGCAAAGUAUUAUGAUUAG